AUGAUCGACACGUGCCGCACGGAGGAGAAGGUGUUCAAGAUUGCCACCAACUACAAGAUGCCGACGCUGCAGCCACGCAUCGGUUUCAGCAUCGACUCGAUAGUCGGCAACACUACCCCGAAAUCGCCGCCCUCCCCGCCGCACACCAUCACCAAACCGGAAACGGUGACCGGGGGUGGCGUCGGCGGUGGUCCCACCCAACGGACGCCCAGUCCGCUCGCGUCCGAGAGCUACUCGGUGCGGUUGAACCGGCUGCAGAGCCUGUCGCCACCGCACAACUACAGCAUCACCCGGCUGCCGGAGAGUCCCCAAAGUCUCGAAGGAAGUCACGCCAGCGUCCGGUCGCUCGAGGCACUCCAGUCGCGCCUUUCGCCCCCGGUCAACCACACCAGCCCGGGCGCCAUACCGCUCUCCCUCAAGCGCCCCCGCAGCCCUUCGCCGCCCGUUUCGCCGCCACCACCGCCCGGUGCGGUUGGGAUGGGUGGUAUCGGGGCGCAGGGGGGACCGCACCAACCACCGACCGGUCCGUCGGUAGGACCGAUCGUGGUGCCGGGUCUGCCGCCCGGACUGGUACGGCCUUUCCCGGUCAGUCCCUCGCAACCACCCGCCCAUCCCUCGCACCCCGCCGGUCAGCCGGGGGGACCGCAGACGGACAUUAAAGCGUUGCCACCGUUUCUGCACACGCCCGAAAUGGUGCAGGCCGCCCAUAAUCAACACUUUCUGGCCGCCCAGUUCCAGGCGGCGGCCCUUGCCCACGCCCAGGCCGGUCAACCCUUCCCGCCGCAUCCGGCCGCCGCCCAUCUGCACAAUCCCAAUCUGCCGCCGAGGGAUAGUUACCCGCUGUAUCCGUGGCUGCUCAGUCGCCAUGGACGUGGCGUGUUCCCGAUCGGAUUCCCUGGAAACUACCUCAUACCGUUCCGCAAAUCGAAGCGCGUCCGGACCGCAUUCUCACCCUCGCAGCUACUCAAGCUGGAGCAUGCCUUCGAGAGCAACCACUACGUCGUCGGUGCGGAACGUAAGCAGCUGGCCCAGAAUCUAAACCUCUCCGAGACGCAGGUGAAAGUAUGGUUCCAAAAUCGUCGCACGAAACAUAAGCGCAUGCAGCAGGAAGAAGGUGGCUCCGGAUCGGGCAAAUCGACGGACGGUGAUCAUCAGAAUCGGUCCGCCUCCAGUCCAACCGGCAGCUGCGAGGAGGAGGACGAUGAAGACGAAUUCAUCGACAUGGACGAUUGCCCGAGCGAUGAGGAAAACAUGCAUCACAAUGGUUAA